AUGGCUGAGACCGCUUGCACCGCUCGCCCCACUCCCCAUGGGACUCCCCAGCAUCCCAGCGAACCGCGCGACGCCUCUCACGACUCCCACUCCUCCCCAGCGCCUCAUCAGCCAAAACUCCCUCUCGAACUCGUCAAGGGGAUUCUCGAACACAGCUGGUCUGACGGAACCGCCGAAGGAGUCGCUGCCGUCUUCUCGAGCUGCCUGGCGUCGAGGGCGUUCGCGAGCGUCGCGAGGGCGAUCAUCUGGAGGGCGGUUCUUGUCGAAUGCGUCAACGUCGCGAAGUCGUACGAGGAAGGAUACUCGCAGGCCUUAAACGACCCGUACUCGUCGUCUUCGUGCUGGGAACUUAGCCCGACCGCUCGCUGCCGCCUCUCCGUCCUCCUUGACCGACCCGACUUGCGCAUUCUCAUCCGCACCUUCAAGAUCUGCCCGCCCAACGGUGUACUGCGCUCCGAAACGGCUAGCAUGUGGCCCACCGACUUCGGCCUCGUACAAAGCGUCAUAUCGACGUUGCCCAAAGUCACGGCAAUCGGCUUAGCCUGGAUCCACGACCCCGACAAACUCUACCUUCGCCCACCGUCGCAAAGCGACAGUCUACACACGCUCGCUGUCGCCGACGUCAAGAUCGACGAGGAGUUCCUCGCGGUGUUUCCGAACCUGCGGCACCUUUCUGUCCGCAAAUUCAGCGAGUAUCGCCUCACAGAGCCGAAGCACCGUCCUCCGAUCGAGAUUUUCGAGUACUCUGGUCAUGGCGAUGCGUUCUCCCGGCUCUUCCGUUCCUUGGGUUCGACUUUGCUUCACCUCAGCAUCGAUAGGAUCCCCAACCGCGACCACUUUUCCCUCGGCGAAGUCGAGCCGCACCCAGAGCUCCUGCAACCCCUCGUGCGACUUCAAGAUUUUACAGGCACCCUGCGCGACUGGUACACGCGGACAAACGAGACCGGCUCGCGCAAAAGGUCGGCUCCGCGCAACGGCUUGAUUUCCGACAUCGCCCAGGUGUUCACCAUCCUCGCCACAUUGCCUCACCCCCAGCAGGUCGUUCUGCACUUUGUCCUGCCACCGCUCGCCAACCCGGAGCAUCGACGUCGGGACAAGCGCUUUUGGCAGAGGUUUUUCACGAGCUUGCGGGAGGGAGGGUCGCUCGACGCGAUGGUGCCGAAGACGAUCAAGGAGGUCGACUGGAGCGGGGUCUUUGGCGAGGGCGAGUAG